AACAAAAGCGGGUUCGUGUGUUCGUGUGUGCGAUUAGUAGUGUUAUGUGUUCCGACUUGUCCGUCCCCCUCUUCCGUUCCUUGUUACCCCUUCGUCCAUCUGCCCCCUCCCUCCAUCCCUGCCUACCUACUUACAUGUCUGCCUGCUCGCCUGCCUGCCUGCCUGCCUGCCUGCCUGUUCCCAGUCUGCCUACCCCCCAAAUCAGCCAGUCAUUCCCUCCGUCCUUCCUUGUUCAGCUUGGCCCGUCCGCUCCGGUCCCCGGUCCCCAGUUCCACGAUCCCACAUCACUCCCACGUCCCCGUCCCUGCUGCGACGUUAUUACUUAGAUCCCCUCUCGCGCUAGUACAGUAUCACCACUCGGCUCGCGCAGCGUAUCGUAUCGCCCACGAGCGCUCCUGUCCCGUCGGCGACUCUGCGGUCCGUCUGUCUGUCGACGUCGACGAUCCCGAGUUUUUUUGUCUCUCUUCCCCUCUCGCAACUCCUUCAUCUAUUUAUUGUCUUCAACUACUGGUACUACUACCGUGCAACUGUCUCUCAUUAUUCUUUUUUUUUUCUUUCCCGUUUUUGUGUUUCUUUGUUACUUGUUUGCCUUUUUUACAAGAUUGUUUGUGGUUAUUUGUUUUUUUUUUCCUCUCUUUCUCUCUCUCUCUCUCUCUCUGAUUUACGUGUGUUUUGUGCGACGCAAUGGAAAUGGCUUUCCUGC